AUGAUAUCUCUUAGGAAACUUCCUCUAUUCAUCUUUGUUGUAUACUCCUGGCAAUGUUCUGACCACUACGUAAUUACACUUGGUACACUAUGGAGUGGCGAGUUAGGAACUAAGCGAAGUGACAACACGACUACGAUGCGUAUUAGUCGAUCAUUAAUGGGGGAAAUGGACAUAGGAACACACCAACAGGACAGGAAUGGCUCUUUCCGAAAGGACAAAUUAAUGCGCUCCGUGUAUGAUAAUAACUAUCAUGGUGGUGGCUAUCUUGGUCGUCAUCACCCUUAUUACGAUAAUUCCAUGGACAGCUUAAUAACUAACAGUUCUAUGGAUAGCACUUCUAUGGGCAGUUGCAGUUCUUUAUUUACUGGCAAUAGCACUUUUACGGACAGUUCCAUGGAUAGUUUAACUGACCGCUCCAUGGACAGCAUAACUGACAAUUCCAUGGAAAGUCCAUUUGACCGUUCCAUGGAAAGUCUUUUUCCCCAAAUGAGAGAUUUUCAUGGUGAUUAUGAAGAUACUAUAACCACAGACACUUACUCACAAAAAGGUGGAUACGUCGACAAACAUAACUACAAUUUUGGCGAAGAUUUCUAUCAUGUAAUGUACAAAAAUAAUGGAUAUGAAAAGACAAAAGCAAAGGCCAAAACAGGAAUACAUUUACCCAUGUUAGAUGAAUAUUCCAUAGAGGAACAUGAAUAUUAUAACAAUUCUAAAAAUGGUAGAAAAAUUAAUAGUGUAAAUCAGAAAAAAUAUAGGAAUAUAUCUUCUAUACGCAAGUUCUUUAACAAAAUCGAUGCCAAGCUCGAAUCAGAAAUUAGACGUUAUUUGGAUAUGAAGGAAGGGGGAAAACAUUGUUAUCCAAUUAGAAAAGUAAAUGGGGCACGGAAAUUUUUUAAUAUUCUCAGCAAGUAUAGAGUGCCGGUCUUGCUCGGUGUGCUUGGAAUAGUUCUCUCUAUAUUCUUUCCAUUCCUACUAAUAACGGGAUUCUCUGGGAUAUCAUCCCUACUACCCUUUGCGGCCGCCUUACCUGUGUCCACAGGACCACUUAUCUCCAAGGUACUUUUUCCCAUAUACUAUUUACUUCUAUCUAUGUUCGUUACCUUGAUCCUUGUUGGAUAUGAUCUUUUGGUAUUAUACUAUGUACACAAAUUAGACAAAAUGGAACGCUCAAGAAAAUAUAUAAAAAAUUUAAUUGCCAUGAGGAAUAAGGAUGAUGAAUAA